AUGCUUCGACCAUUACUGACUUUAAAGCGUUUACCAACUGAACGAUGGUUUCCAGACUUGAUAAUCACAGAUUGGGAUGAAACUGCCACUCUAGAAGAUACAAUUAAACUUGUAGCAAGUGUACCAUACAUCAAUAAACCAGAUUUUCAACCUAAAUUUUCUUAUUUCACAGAAAUAUAUUUGGAUAGUUAUAAGAAAUAUAGUACUCAAUUCCAACAUGAAAUUGGUCAUCGUGAUAGUUUAGAGAAAGAAAUAAAGUUCCAGACAGGUAUGAAAAUGGUUGAAUUGAGUUCUAUAAAUGCAAUUACAGAUCAUAAUUUGUUUAAAGACUUGACAAAGCAACAAUUCCAAGAUCAGGCAAAGAAUGUUAAAUUGAAACCAGGCUUCAUUGAGUUUGUAAAAAAUAGUCAACAGACUAAUAUACCCAUUGUGAUUUUGAGUAUUAACUGGACAAGUAUCUUGAUUAAGCAAACCCUUGAUAAUGCUGGUAUAGAUACCAACAAUGGAAUUACAUUUAUGGUGAAUGAAUUCGAAUUUAAAUCUAACAAAUUCGGUCAAGAAGUUACUACUGGUAAAUGGAAUCCACAACCUAGUAUCAGAACUGCGAUUGAUAAAUUACAGAUUACAGAACAUUUACUUGAAACAAAUCAAAACAUAAUGUACGUAGGUGAUAGUUCGACAGAUUUACUAUCAUUAUUAGAAGCAAAUACAGGUAUUGUAAUAGAAGGUAGUUCUCUUUCGGAUUCGAUGCAAAAAUACAUAUUUAUUAAAGAUAGACUAUACGUAGGGAAUUGGGAUGAACUAAAUAAAUUAAUUUCUUUUAAGUAG